UCUCGGUGUAAUAGAAAGACCCAGGCAGGGCUCUGGGUCUCUUCAGAAUAACAUGAAGGCGAGCGACGAGAGGAGCUCAGUGCUGAAUUAAAUCAGUCUCCGCUUAAUGGAUCUCUCAGUCUCGCUUCAGGCAGGCAGUUGCUGCUGAGCCGUCCUCAAACCAAAAGCAGCAAAUCUGGAUCUUUUUUAUUAUUGUUAUUAUUAUUAUUAUAAUUAUUCCGAUUAUUCAUUCUACUUUAAGUCGUUGCUUUUAAUCUUUAACGCCGUAAAUGACUCAGUUCUGUUUGAAAACGUGUUGUGCUCGUGGUGAGAUACAGUAAGCCCUCCGCUUAGUAUCGGGACGAAGGUUCCUGCUCUGCUAUCACUCAGCAGAAAUCAGCAAGAGAAAUCCAGAAAGAUCUGCCCUCCUGGAGAGUAUCAGGGAUGUGUUCUCUAACUGAGGAGUCCACCCCAGAUUCCAGCAGUUAUUCAUCUGUGCACAUGAGAGAGACAAAGAAAGGAGAGACUUGUCAAAAUCACCAAGAUGAGACGGUUUAAUGAUGGUAGCCUCUGAGGACAAAAACUCAAGACAAGCCGAGGCAGUGGAGUCUCCCUUUGAACAUCGCCUCAAAAUUGGCACAAGCAUAUCUCAUUGAAAAGAAACUGAAAAAGGAUAGCCUAUAUAUAUAUAUAUUUUUUUUUUAUUGGUACAUGGGGACAAUAUGCAUCAUCACACACCCAUCGAUAAACACAAAACAAGAAAUUGUAAUUAUUGUGGCUCUGAAAACAGCUGAACUUCCUGCUGCAUCCCCAACAGAAUCAAAUCAAGGUACUGAAACAACUGUACUACUAAACCCCUUUGUUGUUUUUUGGAUCCAUACAUGACUUUAAGAAAAGCACAAAUGGCCAGUAGAUCAGACGGGGUGAUGAGUGCCUUGUUUUGGUCUAUAACUCUUAUAUGUUUGACUCACAUUGGCAGAGUAAGUGGUGACUGCUGGUUGAUUGAGGGAGAAAAGGGCUUUGUAUGGCUUGCAAUUUGCAGCCAAAAUCAACCACCCUACGAAGCCAUCCCACAGCAUAUCAAUAACACCAUUGUUGACCUUCGUCUAAAUGAAAACAAAAUCAAAAGUAUCCAUUUUUCUUCUCUCAGUCGCUUUGCCAACUUGACCUACCUGAACCUGACCAAGAAUGAGAUCUCAUACAUAGAAGACGGAGCCUUUUCUGCUCAGUUUAACUUGCAAGUUCUCCAAAUGGGCUUCAACAAGUUACGAAACCUGACAGAGGGGAUCCUCCGGGGUUUAGGAAAGCUGCAGUACCUCUACCUCCAGGCGAACCUGAUUGAAACUGUGAUACAUAAUGCCUUUUGGGAAUGCCCCAACAUAGAAAAUAUUGAUCUCUCCAUGAACCGAAUCCAACAGUUAGAUGGGUCUACGUUUACAAGCCUAAGUAAGCUCACCACUUGCGAGCUGUAUACAAAUCCUUUCAAUUGCUCGUGUGAGUUGCUGGGGUUUGUGAAAUGGCUUUCAACUUUCCCAAACCGGACAAAUGAGCGGAUGGUCUGUGACUCUCCUCGUGGUGUUGCAGGUUACAGCUUACUGAGCCAGAAUCCUAACAACCCUACAUAUCGAAAUGCACUUCACAUGCUAACUACUGUGUGUACCGAUGACUAUGUGACCCCAUUUAUUACUGUCUCUAUGGAGUCCACAACACUACCACCUGACUCAACACUUUGUGGGCCGGAAGACUGUUCCUCAGGCACAGAACCAGAAGACACAACCAUUGGUACAACUGAAAACGAGGUGCAGGGAACCCCUGUGAUGAAUCUAAAGGCAGUAACAAACACAGUUGCUACUGUUACAGUUCAGUUUCCUGAUCCCUUCAAAAAGCUGUACUUUCUGGUUCUUUACAACAACAACUUCUUCACAAACCUGGACAGGCUCUAUAAAGUACAGGAAGAUGUUGAGAUUAAAAACCUUCAACCCCACUCCAACUACACAGUUUGUGUCACUUCAGAGCGCAAUUCUCUGAAACAAAAUCACACAUGUCUGACAUUCUCCACUGGUCCUUGGAAUGGAAAAGACAGAGUUGUAAACAAUGCAACUGCUACUCAUUAUAUUAUGACUAUUUUGGGCUGCCUUUUCAGCAUGGUGAUUUUUCUGGGAAUUGUGUAUUAUUGUUUGCGAAGGAAGCGUCAACAAGAUGAAAAGCAAAGAAAAUCAGGAAGUCUUAAGAAAAAUAUAAUGGAACUCAAGUACGGACAAGAACUAGAAGGAGGGACUAUUUCACGAAUGUCACAGAAGCAGCUGCUGGCUGGAGAGAGCAUGGCCCGUAUGCCCUACCUCCCAUCUGCAAGUGAAAUGGAGCAGUACAAGUUUCAAGAGAUAAGUGAGACUCCAAAAAUGAUGAAGGGGAACUACAUGGAUGUCCGGAGCAUGGAUCAUCAUGAGCGCAGAGAGUGCGAUAUGGGAAUGGCUGGGAACAGUCAAGGAUCAGUGGCAGAGAUUUCCACAAUUGCAAAAGAAGUUGAUAAAGUCAAUCAGAUAAUCAACAACUGUAUAGAUGCCCUAAAAUCGGAAUCAACUUCUUUUCAAGGAGUUAAAUCUGGAGCAGUGUCGACAGCAGAGCCCCAACUGGUGCUAAUAUCAGAGCACCCCCAAAGUAACCCUGGCCUUCUUUCCCCAGUGUAUAAGGACAGCUACCAUCACUCUCUUCAGAGGCAUAGAAGCUCUGAUGUCUCGCCAAAGAGGCCCAGCACUGCCACAGGCGGGCCCAUGCGAAGCCCAAGGCCUUAUCGCUCUGACUCCAAGUACAUAGAGAAAACCUCCCCAACAGGAGAGAGCAUCAUUACAGUAACACCUGCCGCAGCCAUCUUGAGGGCGGAGGCAGACAAGAUUCGCCAGUACAGUGACCACCGGCAUUCAUAUCCCGAUGCUCAGAUAGAGGAGCUGGAGGGACCUGACAGCCACAAGCUGUUGGAACCCCUUACCCACUCCCGGUCCAGAGACUUAGCCUACUCCCAGAUGUCUUCUCAGUAUCACAAUCUAAGCUACUCAUCCAGCCCUGAAUACUAUUGCAAACCUUCACACAGCAUCUGGGAGCGAUUCAGACUCCACCGCAAGCGACAUAAAGAUGAGGAAUACAUGGCUGCCGGCCAUGCGCUGCGUAAGAAAGUUCAGUUUGCUAAGGAUGAGGACCUGCAUGACAUAUUAGACUACUGGAAAGGCGUUUCAGCCCAACAUAAAUCAUAAUUCAUCUAGGUGUUUUAAAAAUGGACUUUCUGUUGCUAAAAUGACACAAGAACAUCAUUUGACAUUUGAAUCAAUGGAUACUUCUCUACCAUAAUUUACUAAUCUUUCAUGUAUAUCACACUAUCUUUUGACUGUGAAGAAGAUGAGACAAGGAUUCUAAAACUUCUCUUAUUAUCUAAAGCAUUCAGCUUGGAAAAAACAUAUUGCAAAUUAAUUAUAUAUAUGUUACAAUGGAUAUUAGGUUUUUUGGGUAUCGCAUGGCCAAGUCCUGUGACAGUGGAUUUGCUGUUGUGUAAUAUGAAUCUACUAUAUGAAGAAAAUGAAACUUUUAAAUUUUUUGAGGAACUAUUGGGACCCACACAAGCAGAACACUUUUUUUCUUCCUCCUUGCAUAUAUUUAAUUGAAAAAUGUGUACAGAUAUGGGUUUCUAUAUUUGAAAUGUUUGCUGUGUAAAUGGUGAAGUAUUAGUAGAUGAAUCAGGUUUAUCAAACUGACUGCUGUCUUUGUUGAAAAUAUUUGUUAACGUCUAACUUUAGCCCUAGAACCGCAAUCAUCCCAGUACUCCUCAGAACUGCCAUAGGUUUUAUCCCCAUUUCUAGAAGCCUUAAAAAUGACAAAGAUACAAUUUCAACAGAUUGUAUUGUGAUCAUUUCAAUAGUUUUAUUAACUCUAUAGAGAAAAACUAUUUCACCAGUUUGUUCUAUAAAAUUGCAUCAGGCACACAUUUUCAAUCAUGCUUGAUAAGUAGUAAAAUUUAUCAGGCAUUUUAUACAUCAUCCAAAAAAAUUUUCUAAUAUCACGUCUAACAUCUCUUUUGUGUUUUUGUUAAUUUAGCAAAGGAAUGAAGAAAUUAAUCAAACAAAAAUAAAUGAAUAAAUAAAUAAACAGGAAUAAAAAUGCUACGCGAAAGAAGUAAUAUUUUUGAUUAAAAAUAUUUCCAGAUUAAUGUUAUCUUCACACGUUCACAAAGACUGACUCUAACAUUCAAAAUCCCACCAGAUAUCCAUCCCCAUGCUGUGUUAAAGAUGCAGUCAAAGGAAAAAAACAGGAAAUAAAAUACACCCUCUAAACUCUAAUGUAAGUUUUCAUAUCCGAUCCAGUCGUUACAAGGUUGUAUAUUUGUCCGAAUAUUAUCUUAAAUGCCAAAACUGCAGUGUUUAAUAAUUUAUGAAACAAAGACAAAGCCAAAAUAGAAAUGCAUUUAUAUCGACUGGACUUGUGGUUUGGUUUUCUACCCACUUUCUGGGUUAUUGCACAGUUCUUGUUCUUGCAUUUGCAAAUUACAGAAGCCAAUUUGUGAUGGUCCAAGGAUGUACACAAUGCAGUCAAGUAAUCUGCAGAGUUCAAAAAUAAAAUUAGGAAUAGCAAGCAUGCAAGCAGCCUCAGAAGAAGAUCCACUGGGUCUGCUACAAUUCUCAAAUAUAUAUAUUUGAGAGCUGCCCAUUAACAAAAAUGUUACCAAUUUUAAAUAAAAAAUUUGGAGAGCAAUAAGAUGACUUGAUGCACUUUUUUGGACCUCUGAUUCUUGUUCUUUUUUCAGGCCUUUAAAUAGUAUCAAACUAGAGCCAGUAGUAUAUGGCUAAUGGGGAUUUGACCUGGACAUUACUCACACAUGGGUAAUAUGGUAAGAGUGUUUUAUUGUCUCAUAGGCAAAUAUAAUGAGCACUGUGUAUUUGAUACCAUUUAUGUAGAGUAGAAAUUACUUACUUUGCAGUCCUUGGUUAAAAGGUCAAAUUUUUAUUCUCCCAUAUCGUACAUAACCCAUAACUGAUGCAAUGCUAAUGACGGACAUUAAAGUAAAAGCCAUAAAGUAGUAGACACUGUGGAUUCAAGUCUUACUAAGAGCUGGUAAUGUAUAAGGAGUAAAAAUGACCUCUUUGCGGUUCUAGUGUUAAAGUAAAUUCAAAGAAUCCCACCAGUUAUAUUCUAGUUAUUUUUCUUUCAUUCAGUUUUGAGCUUUUUUCAUGAUUCAGAUGGAUUCAGUUUUUAAGUUCCCUGAAUCACAAAGUGCAGUAUUUACUGGUUGGAUAAUGAAAGACACACAACUGGCAAAAAUGCAGUACAGACCAUGCUGAUCUUAACGUCUAUGUUUCUGUUCCAUGAACCGCCAUUUGUAUCUUUUGUACCAAAGUAGAAAAAGCUAAAAAUGUUUACAGCUUUCCUGCCUAGUCUGGGGAUCAAAUUAGCAUACAGUAGUAGAGCAAUAUAAUUUUAGUUGUUUAUUUUUAUAAGCUCCUUCUUUAAAAUUACAAAUUGGGAAACUGUUAUAUUCAGAAACAACAUUUUACUUAAAAGCCUGCUGUUAAACACUAAGACUCCAAUGGAAAGGCAGCUGUACAUUGUCAUUAUUUAGGUAGACAGAAAGCUACCCUGCAGGGGAGCCCAAUAGAUGAAUGUAACAGAUACAUUUUCUGAUCUGUCUAUGGCAGCUUUUUCCAUGUAUUUUCAAAAAGAUUUUUAAAUCAUGCUAUUAUCUCUUGUGGAUUUCACUUUUAUUUUUAUUUUUCUUCAAUAUUUCUUCCAGCCUGCUAUAUUGCGUAAUAUGUGAUUGUAUACAUGAACGAAGAUAGUUUGUUUUUCAGAUUGGCCUUGUUGCUUGCUGAGAAGUUUAACGUGAAUUUUAUCUGCUUAGGCUGUUAAAUCAUUUUGUAUAUUAUGAAAGCAAAGUACCAGGCAUACAUCAACAUGCUAAAGUAUAGUUUUCAAAAAUGAAACUGAAUCCUCUGACUUAAUGGCUGUGAAUUUAUAAAUCAUGUUAUUUUUUUUUUUAGUAAAUAUAUUAUUUCAAUCUUUUUAUUUGUAAGAUGCUUAUAUAUUUUAUUCCAACAAGGCUCAUGAUGAUUCGUCACAUAGUUAAUAAAAUGGAAGAAAUAUAUUUUCCGUCACAUAAUGAAUUGUUGCAAUGUCAACAUGUAUAAAAAGGAGCUAAAUGUCUUUCUCAUCAUUGCUUCAGCAUAUUAAAAUACAUUGAAAAGCAACCUAUUAACUCGCAUUUAAAAUAAAACAUAAUGUAAAUGUUAUUGUUUAAAAUCCAAUUUAAGCUCAUUCUCUGCUAUUUGGCCAUAGAGUUAAUCAUUCCAAUCUCAUUUGUACAUUUUCUCUUACAUGACUCUGUCCAUCUCAUUUAAAUGUGUCAUGAUAUUAUUAUUUUACUCUGUGAUGAAACAUUCAUGAGCCUGAUGUGAAUGUCUUAUUUAAGCACCUUGUUUUCUGUUAAAUGGGUUGUCUGACUUAAUAUUUCAACCGCCUUAAAUUUUUUGAGAUUUAAGUAAAAAUGUAAAUCGUUGUAUUAUUUCUAAUGUUUAUAUUGUUGUUAAAUCUUCAUUUAUUAUUUUUAUAAAAAGCAUUUCAGUAUGUUCCAAGAGCUGUGAGGGUUCUAGUUUAUUUAGCUACUUAGAACCAUGUUUUUUAUAUUGCAUAUUGUAGCACUUCUGUGUCUAAUAAGAGUUCUAAGUGAUGAGGAAAACAUAUAGAGAGUGCAACAAUUAUUUGAGUGCAUCAAAACAAACAAGAGCACAAAGAUGUGUUUUUUUAUUAUUAUUUUUAAUUCUUAAAACUAUGUUAUCUGCUUUCAGACAAAGUACUGUGAAAUAAAGUUAAGGGUGCACAUACAGCAAAGUCAGUAUCUUUAUUAUAAUAUUAACACUUUUUAAAAUUAUUUUUACUAUGAUAAUAGCUUAGUUUCAAGAAUGUGGGAAAUUAUAAAUUGAGUGUACAUUGAAUGAUUUGCAA